CGAGACAGAACUUGCAAGUAUCGGUAGUAUUCGAAUUAUUCCAAUCGCAAAUCUACAAUCCAACAUCAUGAGACUGAUUCUGCUGGCGAUGUUCGUGGCGUGUGCCUUGGCAGCCUCCACGAACAGGGUCCGGAGAGGUAGCCCAUUUGAGAAGGGAGAUCGCAAAGGGCCGCCGGCAAAAGAGACGCCCGAUCAUGAAGGCGAAGACAAGGAUCGUCCCAUCAGGCGCGCUGAUAACCCAUUCGAGAAGGGAAAACGUCCUGGGGCUCCAAAGAAAUUGAAACCCGAUGCGGAGGGCGAGGAUAAGCACUCCGUGGCCCGCCGCAGUGCCCCAGCAACAUGGGAUGCGGGAAAGCUCUGCUAUCUCUUUGUUGAUGGCUUCGGAGAUGCUCAGAUGAAGACAAACGUCCGAAGGGCAAUGGACAGAUUUGAGGCUGUGUCGUGCGUGACGUUCAUUGAGGCUGACACCGGUGAUUCCAGUUGUACAUCAAGCACCAGCCCAAAAAUAGAAAUCAAGAACGACAAAGCAGGAUGUUGGGCCGAUGUGGGUUGUCACCCAACACUCAACCGAGUAAACGUGGCAACGACUUGUGAUCCGUAUGACCAGAUAGGUGUACUGAUGCAUGAGCUGUUCCACGCAAUGGGACGGUAUCAUGAGCACACCAGACCCGACAGAGACCAAUUCGUCACCAUUUUGUAUGGCAACAUCAAGGAAGAUCAGGAACACAACUUUGAGAAACACUCCAGUGCUGAUUUUCUUACGUAUGGCAUCAAGUACGACUACGAGUCUAUCAUGCACUAUGGAACAAGUUUUUUCGCCAAAUCGUCUGGACCAACCUUGGAAGUAAAGGACCCGCUCUUUGCCAACAAAAUCGGCAAACAGAAGGAUUUCUCUACACGGGAUAUCCUCUACCUGAACAACAUGUACCAAUGCUACAAUGGCGAUCCAUCUCCCUGUGAACAUCGUGGUGCAAGGAAAGCCGAUGGAUCCUGUUACUGUAUCCACCCAUUCACAGGUCAAGACUGCCAGGACGUUGCAUCCGGUGUUGAAGUAUUUGAAAAUGAUGGGUCUGCCGCUAUAAUUGUGAAAUCACUGAACUACCCUGAUGACUACCCUCUGAAUACCAAGACCGAGACUCUCCUUAAGUGUACGGACGCGAGUAAGAAGGCCCAGAUGGAGAUUCUAGACUUCGCUAUUGAAGGUUAUGGCUGUUACUACGAUAAAUUCACAUACACAAUCAUGGGUAACGACCUGUAUCCAGACGUCAAAUGUGAAGAUCAGUUGGCUGGCAAGACGGUGACGGCAGAGGACAGCAGUAUACUGAUAACACUGAGUAGUGACGAUAUGUACACAUUCAAGGGCUACAAGAUCUCCUUUACCUGUGUGUAAGUUGGCAAAAAAAACCCAUACGGCCGCACACCGCAUUAAAAAGCAUCGUGACAUCUCUACGAAGUAAUACACUGCAAAGGUGUGAUAAAUUGGAAUUGAAUCUAAAAUUAAUUGGUCAACUUCAGACAUGUUUUCGACUAUAGAGAGAUUUUUAAAAAGAAAUUUAAAAUAUUUACUAAGAACAAGGAUAGAAAAGGUUAGUUUGAAAACUUGAAGAGGUCUUUAACAUGAAACACGCGUUUUCGUACUCUCUUUAUGGGUACUGUCCUUAAAAAAAAAGACAAACAUGGCUAUGUCACGAUCUGGUUAAUUUAUUGAUCAAUGACUAACCCCAAAACACAGCCAUCAUCAAAGAUGUCCACACUUCAUAGGUCUAUAUAGACAGAUUUUGCGACGCUUUUUGUGCAGUGAGAGACCCCUUGUUCACAGCAUGCCUAUACGGCCCUGGUGUUUUCAUCAAGCCCCUUAAACGGUCAAGCAACGUAAUCUUACUCUGCACCUAGUCCAUCACCUUGAUUGUAAAUGAUUUUUUUUGUUCGACAUUGUAACACUCUUUUGGAUUAUCUUCAUUUUGCGAAGACUGCAAUGACAAUUUGUGCGCAAAAACAGCUUUGUUAAAGCGCUUCGUAUUAUUUAGUGGAACUAUAGAACUGAUGUUGCAAUCCCAGAAAUAGCUUAUAAAUAUAACCCUUUAUAAAGAAACAAAAAUGUCUAGUCUUCAAACUCUUGAUUUCAAGAGUUGAAAACCAGACAGAGCAAUAUGGAUAUUAUCGUAAAUCGUAAUGCCCAUAACCAUGCUGAGAGCUUGGGGUUCCGUGGUAUGGAUGGAUAAGUUUCUCCCGUUGGACCAACUGCAAAUGAACCGAUCAAAGACUACGAUAUUGCAUCCCAUUCGCGAACGGAUUCGUUGGGGAUGGGCUGCGAAAUCCUCAAGGCAAAACUGUAUUGCUAUACCUCCCAAGGAUUCCUCAAAUUUAAAGCGCCCUAGGCACACAUAGCUCGCAAGCCUGAAAACAACUAUAGAGAGCAGAAAAUGAGAAGCAAUUAGAGUUUUAAAGGUGGGAGGAAAACCCCAGAAUGAUAUUCUACAAGAGAAAAAAAACCACGGAAUCAGGCAGGGACUGAAAACCCAAUUCACAUAUUGUCCCAGGCGGGAAUCGAACCGGGUCAUAGCCGUCGAAGGCGAAGAAAGUACCGCUACGCCAACCUGACUCCACGUCCCACAGUAAUGUGCAAAACAACCAAGAGAACUCAUCUAAUACAAAUUGAAACCUCCUUUGGUAGAAUUGUAGGUCUGGUUCAGACACAAAUCAUAGGAGAUGAGGUACCGGUACAUCGCCCGAUAUUUCUUGCAGCAAAUGAGGGGAAAAAACCUUACAAAUUACACCGAUGAGGGACCUAGAAUGCAAUGCACUAAAAGAGCAAGCCUUUAGGGAUUUCACGUGAAUUGUAAAUACCUAAUCAUGUAGGUUGAAGUCUUGUAUAGUACAUGUAUUUAGGCCUGUAUCUAUAUAGGUACCGCACAUAGACAUUACACAAUAUAAAAAGAAACGCAUGAAGUCUAAACGCUUUGCUGCAGUUUAUGCGUUUUCUUCUAUCGUUUUAUCAUUAAUUCGUAAGUAGCUAUGAAAAUAUACCCGCCCUAUACCUAUUGUAAUAUUUGCCUCCGAUGUACAGCAAUGACAGCUCUCGGACGUACAGAGCAUUAGCUGCAAUGCAGCCCCGUCCAAAUAUAUCAGUUCUGUAAGAAAAAAUAUAUACGGUCUAAUAGCGAUUGAUACAGAUCAGUAAUUAUUUUACUUUGGUUUGAGAAAGACGAUGACGUUUUGUAAUUUUGUUGGCCAAUUUGCUCGUAAUGUUACCAUAUCCCCAGCAAGUUACCAUUCGUAUCAAGCUGAGGUUAGAUUCAGUCCCCUUCAUAUAGUUUGAUCAAAUAGCAAAAUAACAGUCCAAUUACAAAGUACCAUAUAGCAAAUAAAUAUGCUGCAUUACUGCAAUCAUCAACCCAAAGAGGAACAUAGUUUUGAUGAUCUAUAUUAUAAUAGAUAACGAAAUUCAAAAGUCCGAGCAGUUACCAAAUUAAACUAUUACAAGAUCGCUACUCAUUCACCCGAUUCUCAUGUGACCCUCAACCCAGAUCGUUUUAGUCUCAAAUCUCAAAUAUAGGAGAGAAUUAUAGCCUAUGUGAGCUUUCGUUUACUUCACUAAUUGUAAUCGUUUUGGGCUUGUUUAAUUAACUAGAAUAAGAUUUCCACUUUAACAUAAAGGGUAUCAAGGUAUUCAGCUUGUCCAGCUUGUUAUUAGAUAAGUAAAUCAUGCUUGAAAUUAAAGGUAUAUUGCACACCAUUUGCUGUUAUCAAAACAAUUUUCCAAAGUUUAACAUAUCAUGCCUUCUAAGUUAGUCGGGCAAAUGUGAUGAAAGAAAGCGUUGAAAUAAUUAUUCGAAUCGACCAAAAUACUAAUAUACCUUUAUUCAACUUUUUGACGACAGACUAAAAGAUGGUGUUUUUGUGAUUUCAAUAAGUAAAUUUUUGACAUUUUUUCUCAAAGAUGGGCAUUCUCUGAGCUCACCGUCUAUAGUAGUCCUUUAAGCUUGGCUUGUAAUGCAUAAUGGUGUGCGAUCCCUUAAAUUUUAUUAUAUUGUUGUAAUUAUUUUGCUAGAAUUGGCUUUGCGUAAUCGUGCUAUUUUAGCCUAGAAUAAAAUUGCAACCGUAAAAUUUACGUGUAAAAUAUACGUGUAGAAAUAAAAUAUAAGCUAUAGGAUGGAGUAUAUUGUGACAACUACGCUUGGUAAGGCAAGGGUACAAGAAAAGCCAACUAAAUGAUGGAAGAAGAUGGUUGUAAGGCAUCGUUGUCACAUGACUCCUUCGUAGAGUUUCAUCCAGCAAAAGCAAGAGCAUGUGUCCCUUG